CGCAUACACUCAGCAGACCUCUCUACUCACUCCUCUUAAAACAGUGACGGGAUGGGAAGCGCCUCUUUGUAUCAGCGAAGACUCUUUUUUUUCCAGAUAAUUUUGUUUUAAUUGUAGAACCUCCUCGUUGAGUCGGACCAGUUGUUCCUUCUUAGCUUGGGCUGCUGUAGCUAUUGAAUUGGGCAGUGUUUGCUGAUACUGUACUCUCUCAAGAAUAAGGUAAACUGUCCUUCUCCAUGUGGAUUGUUCACCGUAUGGGCUGAGUCUUCUGCGAUUGCCAUCUCGGCGGUGCUUUGGAGCGUGAUAGCCGAGUAGAGUCGGGUCUCAUCCUGCCUCAGUUGAGUGGCUAUACUCUCCAUGUCAGAAGCAGCUCUGUCAGCGCACUCUGCUGUGUGUGUGUGUGUGUGUGUGUGUGUGUGUGUGUGUGUCUAUGUGUUUGUGUGAACCUGGGUUUUCAUUGAUCAGAGGGAAUUGCCUCAAGCAAUGCAUAAUCUGGAUGUUAUGGCAGCUGGUUUGAAUGCCCGGAUCUCAGCCUUACCAACAGAAGCAGGAUUUCCAUGAUUUGGACAUGGUUGUUGGGCACAGACCUCCUCUGGAUGCACGGUAGUUGUGGAAGGACACUGGCUCUCACUUCAAUCAGUCACUCUGGCAUCUUCUUUCUAAAUAAUUUAACCAUUGGGCUCUAUUCGGGAUAGUAGAUUUUUGGGCUAGCGAGUGACUUUUGCUUGCCAAUGGCAUGCUGCCUCAAGUCCCACCAUCAUGGAAGCUGGACACCGAAAACCCCUCUUCCAGAUGAUGAAGUUGAGCAGCAGCACAGCACAACAGGGGGAGAGGGGAGCAGCACGGGGGACAGCACCCCUCCCCCCAAGCGCAAGGGCAAGUUCUCUACCCUCGGCAAGAUCUUCAGACCGUGGAAGUGGCGGAAGAAGAAAAGCAGCGAGAAGUUUAAGGAAACUUCAGAAGUUCUGGAGAGAAAGAUGUCGAUGAGGCGCACGAGGCAGGAGCUUAUAGAACAGGGAGUGCUGAAGGAGGUCUCGGAGAACGAAGCCGAAGACAUGCAAAACCUCAAGCAGCCCUAUGUGAAGAAUGGCCACACUCUGCCCGUGAGCGGUGGGGGUGGGGGAAUCGGCACUAACCGGAGCCCAUGCAACCAGGGCAAACUCCCCCCAGAGUCGGACUUUAGGAUGAACCAGGCCUGGCUCCCUCAGUCAGAAGAUCGCAGGGGGCGCUACCCCUCGGAUGGAGACCGCCGUGGGGUUCAGGGCUCUAGAGGUGGCGGGCUGCACGAAGAGGGACGGAGAGGGGGCGGGGGUCUGCCACUGAUGCACAGCGAGGGAGAGUGGAAGUCUAACGUCCCCUGGCAGGGACAGAUCCAGGGCCAGUUGGAGGACGGGAGGCGUGGGGGCAGGCUCCACCCCGAGGAGGGUCAGAGGAGGCCUGGGCUGCAGAAAGUCCAGUCUGAGGAUGGCAGAAGGAGUCGGCCCACGGAAACAGAUUGGAAGCCCACUCUCCCUCGUCACGCAUCGGCCGAGGAGGGAAGGGCUCGCAGAGAGUCUGAUAGCCAUUUUGUCCCUGAUCCAGAGGCACUGCGGGACACUCUCCGGGAACCUCUGCCCCCCAAGCAGACUGUUAUGCCUCCCAAAUGGUUGAUGAGCACCAACCCCGAACCCAGCAGUGAGGGUUCGCCUCGCACUCCGUCCAAUGCCCCCGCAACCUUGUACUCUUCUUCCUCCUUGGCCAAGCCUGCUAGGACAGUCUCCUCCGCGGCUGCCAACCCCCAGCUAUCAUCCUCAGCUGCGGUGUCCCUCGUCACCCCGAUCUCCACCCCUCAGGCCACCAAGCAACCUCCCUUGCCCCCACCUAAACCAAUGAACAGGAGCAACGUGGCCAUGCUGGGAGACCUCACCCAAGCCACUGGGGGCACCAGUCUUGUGCAAGCCAAGCCCUCCCCACCCAUGCCCCCUAAAAGGACCACCCCUGUCACCAAACGCAACACGGAGGACACGUCUGCAGCUACUCAGUCCGUCCCCAGUCCUUCUCCGCUCUCCCAAGAAGACUAUGGCAGCCUUCCUGCAGGCUUUCCACUACCUCCCGCUCCCCCAUCCCCACCCUUGCCGACUCACAUACCACCUUCUCCACCCCGCCAGCACAUACACACCCACCACCUCCACCAUCAGCACUCCUACCCUCACCCUCUGCCCCAGCCUAUACCCAUGCUCUUUGACCCACCAAGCCCUCCCAGUGAGCUUCCUCAGCGCCCGGCACCCAUCCCACUACACAUCAUGAUUCAGAGGGCCCUAUCCAGUCCGGGCCCAGCUCAGCCUCAUCCAGACAGUGCACAGCGUGCACACACCCUACUCUUUGAAACGCCUCCAGAGUACCAAGGAGAUCGUGGUCGGCCCUUGCCUGUCAGCAUCCAACCAUUAAAACUCGCUGAAGAUGACUACUCAGAGGAGGAAGAGGAAGAGGAAGAUGACGAGGAAGAAGAAGAGUAUGACGGAGAAAUCCCUCAGCCAGAACUGGAGCCGAGAAGCCGCCGGUGCCUGGUGGGGGAGCCCGGUGUCUGUGUCAUCCCAGAGGGAAACAACAGCAGUGAGGAGGAGGAGGAGGAAGAAGAGGAAGAGGAAGAUGGAGAGCAUGACAUGCAGGGGGAGGACAGUGACUCAGAUGGUCCUGUGCUGUACAAAGACGAAGAUUCGGAUGAAGAUGAGGAGGAUGAGCCCCCACCCAGUGCCCUGGCCAGCAGAGUCAAGAGGAAGGACACUCUGGCUCUAAAGCUGAGCAGCCGUCCGUGUGCCCCAGAGCGGGACAGGUUUACCCAGGAGAGGAAUGCCAGGGACGAGCAACCUCCAGGGCAGACGGGACUGACCUGGCAAAGCAGGGAGCAGUGGGAGGCCAUCCGCACACAGAUUGGCACGGCACUCACAAGACGACUUAGCCAGAGACCCACUGCUGAAGAGCUGGAGCAACGAAACAUCCUUCAGCCCAAAAAUCAGGCCGACAGACAAGCUGAGGUCAGAGAGAUCAAACGGCGGCUGACAAGAAAGCUGAGUCAACGGCCAACAGUUGCGGAGCUACAAGCUAGAAAGAUCUUGCGAUUCCAUGAGUAUGUGGAAGUCACAAAUGCCCAUGAUUAUGAUCGCAGAGCAGACAAGCCAUGGACCAAACUGACUCCUGCUGAUAAGGCUGCCAUCCGCAAAGAGCUCAAUGAUUAUAAGAGCACUGAAAUGGAGGUUCAUGAAGAGAGCAGGAUCUACACAAGGUUUCAUCGGCCUUAGCAUCUCCCCUCCUUCUGGAUAAUGAAGCACUUAAUUCACCGGCUGUGGAGACUCUAGCGAGGAGCUGCUCCCAAUACAAACUACCCUUUUAUGAUUCUGAAUGUACUGUACAGAUAAUCAGGGAAAACCUGGAACUGACUAAAUGGAGGGGCGCUCCUUCCCUUCACUCUUAUCACCCUCUCACUACAUUGCUUUCACUAAUCUGAGGUGGCGAGGAUGAGGACCGGAUGCAGUAUUUCUCCCUAACACUAGGGGGAGCCACGUGCCAACAAGCUGGAGAGAGGUGGCAGAGGCGUACACUUGCUCUGCUAUUAUGUGGUAUCCCUCAGGGACUUGGUUCCAGUCACAACCUUUAAUGCAGCCACGUUCUGUGUUGCCUUUUUUCCCCUCUUUGACUCUGACAAAUUAACUCAUGCUGUGGAUGUAAGACCAUACAAAUAAUAACAGUAAUAACAAUAAUGACAACAGUAAUAACAUGCACAGUAUUAAUAGCUAAUGGAAACGAAAAGCUACUGUAAGAGUGAGCCGAAGGAUGACGACUGGGCUUUGUACCAUUGUGGGACUGGACAUGCUCUGGGAUAUUGUGUGUACUCUGUAUAACUCUGUACAGACUGCUGUGAUACCUUACAAAGAAACUUUCAGAGAUCUUAUAACAAAAUAUUCUGUAAUGCGCAAGAUAUUUUAUAUUGUAAUUUUGAUCAAAUAUAUAGCGACUGCUUUUACUUGAGCUUUUUUUUUUUUCAUUUGGCUUUGCCUGUAUUUAUGGUUGUGAUGUGAGGUGGCCAUUUAAGCUUCAGUCUAUUCAUAGGAAAGUUCAAAAUAAUGAGGCAGUUGGUCUCUAUCUGUGCCAACAUAAUCUCUAUGCCUAAAGGACUGUAGAAUGCUGGUUUUCAUAUCACUGAUAAUUGCAAUCCACUGCAUGAGCCAAUACAGAUUCCAGUGCCACUGGAUCUGGAUAAUCUCUCUUCAUUUAUAGUUUUUUUUUUAUGAGUUUUUGUACUUCCCUUUAAAGAUAAAAAAAUGCAAUGCAUUCUGUAGCCAUUUUGAAUAAGGUUGUGGUAGUUGCAGCUAUACUAUAAGUUAAACGUUGCUGAAGUUGCAGAAUGUCUCAAAAGUGCUGUGAGUGUAGAUCAGGGAUUAAUCAAAAUUGAGAAAAUUAAUUACUGGUCAACAGGGAGUCAUUUUGGAACAUUGUGAAUCGCAGAAGGUGUUUUUAUCAUGUUUUCGUCCUCUGGCCAGUAGAUAACAGGGUUCUCUAUGCUUUGUACAGGUUGAUAUAGGUUGAACAGAUGCUUGUGUAUAUCUUGUCUUCCUAAUAUUUGAAAAGAAAUUUUAAAUAUAAUUAAAGUAUUAUAGGUUGUUAUUUUUUUAAGCACAAAAUAUUUGUGUAUGAUUAUAUGCUACAAGAAGGAUAUGUAAGUGUACCUUUUCUGUAAAACUAAUUUCUUUUUUAAUUGAAAGUGGCAUUCUAGUAGCUGACUGUUAUUUUCUUUUUAGCUGUAAAUAGUCACAUCUGGAUCUAAUUAAAAACCUUAUAAUU